AUGGAUUCCGAUUCUUGGAGUGAUCGUCUCGCAUCGGCUUCAAGGAGGUACCAGCUGGAUUUCUUGUCGCGAUCUGACACUUUCUUGGGGUUUGAGGAGAUAGAGGGAGAAGAUGAUUUCAGGGAGGAAUAUGCUUGCCCGUUCUGCUCAGACUAUUUUGAUAUCGUGUCUCUCUGCUGCCACGUAGACGAAGAUCAUCCUAUGGACGCAAAAAAUGGGGUAUGCCCCGUUUGUGCGGUGAAAGUGAGCUCUGAUAUGGUUGCUCACAUAACCCUUCAGCAUGCAAAUAUUGUGUUUCAUUCCUUAACAAAAUAUUACGGAACGCGGAAAAGAAAAUCAAGAAGAGGCGGGGCUCAGUCCAUGCUAUCGAUCUUGAAGAGAGAGUUUCCUGAUGGCAAUUUUCAGAGCCUAUUUGAUGGAUCCUCGCGUGUUAUAUCUUCUUCUUCUUCAUCCAAUAUAGCUGCUGACCCGUUGCUGUCUUCAUUCAUUUCACCAAUGGCUGAUGACUUUUUUAUUUCCGAGUCAAGUCUAUGUGCAGAAACAAGUUCUGCCAAAAAGACGUUGAAUCAGGGUUUGCCUGAACGGUUUUCCAGGAAUGUUGAAAAGCAGUCUCUUUCAGCAGAGGAUCACCGAGAAAAGUUGAAACAGAGCGAGUUUGUUCAAGGGAUUUUGAGCUCUACGAUUCUUAAUGACGGGUUAUAA